UCGAAAAUAAUCGAAAUGGGAGAAAAUAGAAGAAAAACCAAAAUAAACAGUCAAAUUUUUCGCCGGUUUACUUCUCGUAUCGCAAUAGUUUUGUAAAAAGAGUAUUAGCGUUUAAAUAUAAUAGAUUAAGUGGAUACUGCAAACAUGGAUGAAGUGCCAGCAAGCCCAGAAUUAGUGAAGAAACGGAAAUCCCGUCGGAAAACGUUACAUUUCAAACAGCGCACGUCUCUUACGCUAAAUCGUGACAGGCCUCCCGAAGUGCAGCAACAGAAUUCAAUAGCUGAGGAUGAUUUACCGGACGAUAGCAGAUUCGACGAACCUGCUGAAGAAUCGAAUGUAGAACCAGAAAUACCCCACGAAAUCAAUCUGCUGUAUUUCGAUGUGGACACCAUGGACAUUGCACAGACUAAUGAAGAUCCGCUGGUGGCUGCUGCUAUCAUAGAAAAGGCUAAUAAAAUUGAACCAGAAAAUACUACACGACCUUCAGAGGAUUUCCUAGCCAAUGUUCAGAAGAAAUUCGUUAGAGUAGAAGAAGUCAUUGAAGCAGACAUAAAGCCGGAACCGGUGGACUCAGUUUCGGAGACUGCGAAGGAAGCAAAUGCAGUUCCGGUGGGUAAAAAGGCAAACUAUAGUUAUACUCAGUUUGAUUUGGACACCCAGAUGAUCGGAAUCUGCGAAGCUGCUGAUAUUAUUGCUGGUUUGAACACCAAUCCGGAACACGAGCUGAACGACUGGAGUAGCCCCUUGAAACAGCAGGAAGAGGGCGAAAUUGUACAGGUAAAACCUGAACCUCAAUCGCAGGUUCGACGACCGGAAACGCCCAUUAAAGAGGAACGAAGAAAGGAUCGCUGGAGCAACGUGAGGCAGUCUUCGUUAUCUAGAAAGUCGAUAUUAAUUCAAGAAUGCCGUACUCCUCCAUCAACUGGCAAUGUGAAAAAGUGCAUUUCUAUGGAUUUCAGCGACGAUUCGGAUAAUGAGUUGACAAUAGAUUUCUCCAAGAUCAAAUCAUCCCAGCUUAGAAGACGACUGGAGAAAAUUCAAAGCUAUAUAGAAAGUCCUCCUCAGGCAGUGCGUAAAACUGCUACUAGAAGAACAUUUUCCAAGAAAAAGCUCCAAAGCCCCCAUACUCCGGUUGCUGUUCGCAGACUUAGUUACGAGAGUACAUAUUCUGACCGAACUAAUGGGAAUGAACUGGAGCCCGUUCGUCUAUCGUCUGACGAAGAAAUGGACUGCUUAAAUGAAACUCAACAAAACCAUCAACCCGAAAGCCAAGCUGUGGUCGACUCCAGUCCGGAGGGCGACAAUUUCGAUUCCAGUUUACUCAUCAAAGCGAACAUAAAUCAACUUUCGCAAUUCUUCUCACAAUCUGUACCAUCGGCUACAAAACCCAAACCCGAUUCUGAAUCUUUGACAAAAGAACCACCGUUUUUCGGAUUUCCCCCAGAACCAUCGUCUCCGAUUUCCUUAACUUCGGACCCAGGCGGCUCACCGAAAGUUCUGAAUAUAGCUUGGUUGUUUCGAAAUGAUUCUGAAACGGAAAGCGAAGGUGAAUUGACAAGGUUCACUUCUGAGAAACACAUUCAUCGUCUGCUGGAUGAUGAUGACGAUUUUCUUGUACAGCUGAAUCCAGCAAAUAAAAAAGAGGAAUCGAUGGAAACGGUGAAACGUGGGUCACCAAACGAAAAGAAACAAGCUUUCUGCGAUGCGGAUUUUGUCAUGCCUUUACCACCGGUCCAAGAGUAUGGCAAUAGACCAAAAACUUUGUCAGCCAGCCUUGCAACAGAAUGUGACCUACCCCCAGCCAGCAAUGACACAUGGGAACCCCAUGUGUUCCCAUCCGCUGGAAACAUUGGAGUCAAAAUAUCCGACAUAGCUUUGGCUAAAGCUCGCACUAUCUGUGAUCAAAAAGAAAGAAAAUACGAUAAAGAUAAAGCUUUCCACAUCGCUUCGCGUGUCGAGACAUGCGCAGUUUCCAUUCCGGAAAAGCCAUCUUUCGGCGGGUUUUGUACGGCAGGCGGUAGUAAGGUACACAUUUCGGUCGAGGCCCUUGCAAAAGCCGAACAAAUAUGGAAGGAAAAUGAAGAAAAUGUGGACAUGAAUUCACCUUACGGAAGCAUCAUUGGAGGUUCUGAUUGGCCCAAACCGACGAAAAUGAACGAUAAACCGGAAAUAGCACAGCAAUCGUUUGAUGGGUUUCAAACUGCUGGAGGAAGCCGUGUACAAGCAUCAGAAAAAGCUUUGGCAAAAGCACGGCAUAUUUUAGAUCAGAUUGAGUCUGAGAUGGAAACUGCAGAUAAAGUCCCCGAUAAUAGAGGAAGUGAUUGCUUCGGAUUUCAGACAGCUGGUGGUAGCACGAUAAAAGUAUCUGAUAAUGCCAUGUCGAAGGCGCAAUCGAUUCUCAGACAAAUAGAGCUUGACAUAGAAAACGAAAUAAGUGUUACUGAUGAAGAUCCUCUAAGCAAAAGAGAACCGAUAAAUGUUUCAGAUUCUACCAAAGCUCAAGCAAUAUUUCGUGAAAUUGAAAAUAAAUCAACCAAAGCUGAGCCUAGUAAUAGUAUAAAACGUCUUCGUGAUGCAAAUGGUUGUGGAACAGAAACGCCUCCCAAAAAGUACAAACCAGAGCAAAGUUGCAAUAAUGUCGUUAACAAGUUCUCUACUAGCACGCCAAACUUACAUGGUAAAGCAACAAACUCUUCAGUUCGUCAAAACGGAAAGCAUGAGCUAGAUCACUUUUUUGGAGAUCUAGAUGACCACGAGUUCCAGCAGCUGUUCUGUGGAUCGGAGGCAACCGCCCCAUAUAGCCAUAGAGCUCGUCCUAUGAAGCAAGUUCGGCUCUCAAAUCGCUUCGAUGAAUGUGACAAGGCGAAUGCUGACGACCAUCAUGUACCAGGGGAAGCUCAUUGGGAUGAUAGCUUUGGAGACGUCGUUGCCAAAUUGAAUUCAGACGAAGGAUUAAAAGUUGCCCCACAUAUAGCAGAAGCCAGGAAGCUGUCCAUGCAACGCCAACAGAGUUACAUUGAAAAUAAACCACUGGAAGAGCGGAGGCCAAGGUUGACCGAGUUCAUUAGCAAGAAACAGAUGAUUGGAAGAUCGACUCUGCGACAGUUUGUUGAAAACAGGAAUCCUUCGGCAGAACCCUGCUCUGUCCCAGAAAAGCUACGAGACGUGAAUGCUGAUAAUGCGAUGAACUUUAAGUUCGAUAUGAUUGAAUUUUACACUAAAACUGAGUGCUUGGAAAACGUAGAUGGCAUUGUGCUAGGUGAUUCAAAUACAACUACUCUUUUCUUCAAUGAACGCUGCCAAGCAGGACUUCCGGAGUUCAAGCUAGCUUUCUUGGCAUCUCCAGGUAUCGAUCCAGCACUAGUUCCUGCAGGGUGGAUCGAAAACUGCUGGGUGUGGACCAUUAUAAAACUAACGUCAAUGGAACGCAAUUUACCGGACUAUUUCCAUGGGAUUACAACGCUAGAAAAUAUGUUCAAUCAAAUUAUGUAUCGGUAUCAUUUAGAAAUCGAUAGUGCCAAACGUUCUGUGAUAAGGAAAAUGCUGGAAAAGGACGACAUCGCCAGUAAACGAAUGGUUCUUUUUGUAUCACGAAUAUUUCGUGGAUCAGAUCCAUUUGAAGUAGAGAUUGAGCUCUGCGAUGGAUGGUAUCCCAUCAGAUCAGUAUUGGAUUUUCCUCUAACUCAAGCCAUACUCAAUGGGAAAAUUACAAUCGGUACCAAACUUAUGAUUCAAGGAGCAGAAUUAUUAAAUCUCAACGAAGGAUGUUCACCUUUGGAAGUUCCGGCAGAUGUGCGGUUGAAAAUCCACGCAAAUUCUACUCGUAGAACUAAGUGGGACACUCGGCUUGGAUUGUAUAAAGUGCCUUUGAAUUUUGUGAUAUCUGCAGACGACGUUCUUGACCGCGGAGGACUCAUUGUUAGUUUAGAAGUAAUAAUCCUACGAGUGUACCCAUUGAUGUUCGUCGAUAAGACUCAGCGAGAUGCUCUUGGAUCUGUAUUGCGUUCGGAACGAGUUGAAAGACGCAGGACAUUGGAGAGUGAUAGCAAUCGUUUCGAGAGCUUCCAAGCACUAUUCAGUCAAAUUCAGAAGGAUGUACAGGCGGAAAAAGUUCAACCAAAUGGUCGUCGCCUGAUCAGCAAACUAACGCGUGCAACAACUACGGCUGAGUUGGUGGAGCUGAUGGAGGCCGGUUUGGAUGUUUCUUGCUUAGAGAUCGAACUUACUAGUACCCAACGGGAAGCCAUCAUGGACCACCAGCGGCGUAAGCAGGAAGAGUGCCUCCAAGAAGUGAAUCGACGUAUCAAAGAACGCAUGAGUAGCGCUGAAAGCAAACGCAAAGUGAGUUCAUUGCUAAAAAUGCGAAUCACAGAUGCCCGAAAACCAGAAAAAGUGCUUCUUCUAUCCAUAUGGCGACCACCGGAGGAACUUUGCGACUUGUUUCAAGAGUCAACGGUGCUAGAAAUAAGGAAUGUCACUGCUAAUGGAACACGAAACGGCGAAGUGCAGUUGACAGCAGGUAAAAACAGUUCCUUUAAACCUUUGGAUCAGCGGCAACGUGAGCUCCCGGUUCAACAAAUGAGAACUUUGACGAGGAUAGCUGAUAUAGACGCUUCAAAUUUCCGGCCAAUGUUCAAUGAAUUCGAUACGAUUGGCAUAGUCAUCCUGGUUGGUGCCAUAGAAAGCAAAAAAUUUCAAACAGUGUAUUUGGCAGACAUUGACAAAAAUUUACUUUGCGUAAAUUUUUGGUCCGGAAUAAAGGAAUACGCAUACGAAGAUGUCGUAAGAGAACGAGUAGUACUCUGUAUAUCCAAUCUCCAGUGGCGAACGAUUAAUGCGCUUAGUGUAAUUCCAACCGCGUUCGCUACCGAAUACACUACUUUUAGUGAACAUUCCAAGUCAAAACACUUCGUUGAAGAGUUUCAAAGUUUACACGCCACCCUGAAAGAUGUAAAUCUGGAGGUGUUUUACGAUGAGUGUAGAUUUAAAAUAGCAGAACUGAAGGAUAAAAAACUUCCACGAUACAACGGCUUCCAAACACCAUUACGAAAAAGUUCAACUACUACUCCAAUGCGAUGCAUACCCGGAGCCAGUAUGAACGCCAAUACUGCCACACCAUCUGAUUUCUCUCCUGGCGUUGGACAACCUGUUAGCUUGCAAAAACGAAAAUUGGAGCAGCUGGCUGCAUAUAAUAGUCCCCCAAAGCUGAGUCCCAUCAUUAUGCGAUACAAUCCACGCGUGCGAAAAAAUUUUAAAACUCCCGCGAAGUUGGAGGAUCGAAUCAAUCAGAUAGGUGAAGAUGAUUCGUUAUGUUGAUUAUUAAUGUUCAUUGAUUGUCACUAUCAACGUUUUAAUAGAUACGGGUUUUCUUAUUAAAGUUAUUGUGUUACUGUAUUUACAAA